AUGAGCCAACGUUCUUCGGCUGGAUCGUCAGGGUUACCGUCGAGAAGUUCUCAGGUUGGAGUUCCGUGUAGAUGCUGGUGUGGUGGAGAGAUUAGAACCUACACCUCAAAGACGGAAGAGAAUCCCUGUAGGAGAUUUUACAGAUGUGUUGUUGGUGUGAAGGAGAAGAAGGAGAAACACAUGUUCCGUUGGGUUGAUGAUGCUGUUCUAGAGGAGAUUAGGAUGGUUGAAAGCAAACAAAACCAACUCUUAGAGGACCUAAAAAAGAUGGUAACAAACAAUGUGGAGCUCCAAAAGGAGAUUGUGAAGGAGAUGGAAGAAAAGAUAGAGAAGAAUAUGAUUGAGAUCAUCAGGCAAGAGCUAAUGGUUGCAAAAGNGAUGCUUUUGCUUGUUAGACUAAUAUCAGACUCAUUAGUAUUAAUCCUCGAUGGUGUUGAUUUUGGACUGACUAAUAUGAGACUCAAUAACAUAAGUUCAUAA